GAGGGGCCCCCGGGUGUGUGAUUGGGGUCCUGGGUAUUGGCUGUAGUCCGGCUUUGGUGCUGGCUGCUGUGUGUAUACGGUGGGCUGCAGGCAGACAAUGGCCCCCCCUGCUGGGUGACCUGGGUGACACAUGGACAUCUGGUUUGCUGUUAAUAUGGACUUGAGAAUGGAGCCUCGACAAUGCUAGGGUUACCAUGGGCAGCGCCGCUCUCCGCUGUUUCUGCUAUGGGUGCCUCUUCACCUCCGUGACCUGGACACUUCUGCUCUUUAUUUAUUUCAACCUCAGCGAAGAGAGCCAAGGGGUCAGACAUGUGCCCGUCAAGGGGCUGGAGCCGUACAGACCCUUCCCCAAAAAGAUCUACCAACCCCGCUUCUCCAGGGACCCCCCGGCCGAUUCCGAUGGAUCUAACAAGGGGCGAGCGGGAGAUCACCUAGGAAAUCACAUAGGAAACUUCCUGGAAACUAAUGGGAAUUUCUCCCCGGAAAUGGGUAUGAUCUUCAAUGAAUUGGACCAAGACAUACGAGAUGUUGGCUAUCAGAAGCAUGCCUUCAAUAUGCUGAUAAGCAAUAGACUUGGGUAUCACAGAGACAUCCCCGACACCAGAGACCCCAAGUGUGCUAAAAAGAUUUACCCCACAGAACUGCCCCUCGCCAGCAUCGUGAUCUGUUUCUACAAUGAAGCCUUUUCUGCUCUUCUGCGAACCGUACAUAGCGUGUUGGAUCGCACACCACCGAAUCUUCUCCAGGAGAUCAUUCUAGUGGAUGAUAACAGUGAUCUAGAUGAUUUGAAGGUGCCAUUGGAUGAUUACAUAAAGGAAAACCUACCCAACAAGGUGAAACUGGUGAGAAACAAACAGAGGGAAGGACUUAUUCGUGGAAGGAUGGUGGGAGCUUCUCAUGCUAAAGGUGAUGUUCUGGUGUACCUAGACAGUCACUGUGAGGUAAAUGAGAUGUGGUUACAGCCCCUACUCGCCCCCAUCAAGGAAAAUCCCAAGACCGUGGUUUGUCCAGUCAUUGACAUCAUCAGUGCUGACACCUUAAUGUACAGCUCGUCCCCUGUUGUGCGGGGUGGAUUUAAUUGGGGUCUUCACUUUAAAUGGGACCCAGUUCCUCUGUCUGAACUAGAAGGCCCUGAUGGAUUCACUGCUCCAUUUCGAUCUCCUACAAUGGCUGGAGGACUUUUUGCAAUGGACAGAGAGUAUUUUAAUACGCUGGGGCAAUAUGACAGUGGCAUGGACAUCUGGGGUGGAGAAAAUCUGGAGAUAUCAUUUCGGAUCUGGAUGUGCGGCGGUAGCCUUCUCAUUGUACCUUGCUCCAGGGUUGGGCAUAUAUUCCGUAAAAGACGCCCAUAUGGAUCCCCUGGUGGCCAUGACACUAUGGCUCAUAAUUCCCUACGACUGGCACAUGUAUGGAUGGAUGAGUAUAAGGAACAGUAUUUUGCCCUCAGACCUGAGCUCAGGAGCAGAGACUAUGGAGACAUCAGCGAACGUGUGGCCUUGAGGAACAGACUAAAUUGUAAAUCCUUUAAGUGGUAUCUGGACAAUAUUUACCCCGAGAUGCAAAUUUCUGGUCCCAAUGCCAAAGCCCAACCACCUGUAUUUCUUAAUAGAGGCCAAAAAAGGCCCAAAAUCCUACAACGUGGGAGGAUCAUUAACAUGCAGACGAACCGUUGUCUUGUGGCCCAGGGUCAUCCUAGUCAGAAGGGGGGGCUAGUCGUUGCCAAAGAUUGUGACUUUAAUGAUUCUGACCAGAUCUGGACCUUCAAUGAAGAACAUGAGCUUAUCCUGAGUAAUCUGUUGUGCUUGGAUAUGUCAGAGACUCGAUCCUCAGAUCCUCCACGACUGAUGAAAUGCCACGGAUCUGGUGGAUCACAACAGUGGGUGUUCGGUAAAAACAAUCGCCUCUAUCAAGUUUCCGUUGGGCAAUGCUUGAAGCUCAUCGACUCGCUCAGUCAUAAGGGAUACGUCGCCAUGGCAAUCUGUGACGGAUCACCCGCUCAACAGUGGCAUCUGGACAACUGAUACUACUACAAGACGGGCGCAGAGAUGGACCAGUCCACAAAGACUACAAGACUUUAAGGCAUUACAAGCCGUAUGCUGCUAUUUUAAUAUGGUACAGUUUUAAAGAAUAUAUUGUCAAUCUCUUAAGAUGUUGCGCAUGUAGGCAGUGGAUUAGGUGUAAGCGUAGCCAACAGCUUCCCGCUACUAAUGUGCAAUUUACUGAAACAUUUUGGGGAGGGCAGAUUUAAAGAAUUGUUUUAACCAUAAUCUUCAAUCAUAUUUGAUUAUAUAGGAAAUUGAACCAUUUUAAGCUAUUUUAUUUUUUUCGUCCUGUUUUGCUAUAAAUCAUAUCGUCAGUAUUUUUAACGGUUCACACAAUUCAGUGGUGACAAGUUUUAACUCUUCAAAGUCUGGAGCAUAUGCUGCGCAAGGCUUGGGAAUUUUUUUUUAUAAAUAUAUGUACAUUGUUGUCUGUAUAAUUUUAUGUUCAUUUAUGCAAUUUGAUUUAGAAGAAUUUUAUCUGGGAACAUUUUUAUGUUUUUUUUUUUCUUAAAAGAACAUUUAUUAAAAUUACACAAA